AUGACUAGAGUGAGAAGCCCCGGAGGCGGCGCGUAUCCCCGGCGCGCCCGCCUUCAGCCGCCCCUCCGCGGGCGGCGCUGGACGCUGAGACGGGGAACCGGCGGCCGGGGGCACCGGGGCCUCGCGGGCGGCGACGAAGGCGGAGGCGCGCGGAGAGCCCACCCCCCUCCCCGGCCCGCUGGGGUAAACAAGGCCGCGACCUGCGCCGCACACUUACCGGGAGCCGCAGCGCGGCCGCUGAGCCCGGGCGGGCCAGACCGGGACCGGCCGGGCCAGAGGUUUCAGACACAGGCGCAGACGCGGGGGCGGAGGUGACGGGCCGACGCCGGUCAAGCCCGCGCUCCUUCCUCCCGCGGAGCGGUCUCCGCUGCUCCGGAAGUGCUCAGUGAAGUUGCGUCACUUCCGGCCCGGGGUCGAUCGGCGGUCGCCGAGGUCGCGACUGGUGCUGGACCCGGCAUGGCCCGCGCCCAUGGCUGCAGGAGGCAGCGGAGGAGAGGAGUCGGCUUAUUGGAAAGUGGUCAAGGCGUCUCUUCCGGCUUUCUCCUACCGGCGCCGACCGCCGGUAUAAUUUUAACCAGCGUUUUUCUGAUGGACUGUUCGCUUCACUGUUUGUAUUCGAGUAUAGUGCACAUAGAAGACAUACUGACGCCUAUGGAGUGGUAAAGGACUGUUGUUUCCCGGCCGCUAUCUGGUGGAAGAGAAUUGGGGUUUCAGGUCUCCGCCGGGCCGGGAAUUUCUGCUUACACUCUCAGGCCGCCGCUUGGUGGCCCCCGAGCCGCAGAUACCACGCCGGGCUUUCCCUUUACUCUCCGCUGCGUGGCCCACCCAGUUCUUCACCUUCCCGUUCAUCGUACAAGAUUGAAUCGUGAUUUUGUUUAUUAAAUUCCACAUUUGCCUUGUUACACGGUUUCUUCAAACGGUUUAGGAAGUAUGUGCCCCCAUGACUGCCAGUUAACUUCUAGGACCUGUUGCCAACCAUGGUGGAUAGAAAGCCACUGAGGCUCACUCGAGUUGCUGCUGCACAAGUGAAAAUGCGGGUGUGAAGCCGGUGAUGUUAGGGAGCACCCUGGCUGUGCAAGUCCUCCCAUAACCCAAAUUAUUUCCAUCCAUAGUACAUAGUCUAUGUACUGAUAUGCAAGAUAACUGUGUGUAACGAGCUCUCUUACUUAGUUCUUGCUUCUUGCGUGUAUUCGUGUAUUUCUUAUACAUGGUUUUCAGCUUUCAGUUUAACUAAGAGCAUGUACCUAAAUAAGGCGCAAAUACUAGAAAGCAUCCCUCCCUCCCCCCAAAAGGAAACAAAUACUAGGAAGCCCAAAUUAAUUUGGAGUGAAAAUUAAUAGCAAUGACUAACAAUUGUAGGAUUAUGAAUUCUAUAUAUGUUGGCAACAUAAAAGUCUAUUAAACUUCAAUGUGCUUAUUUUAUUCCUUUAUGAUACUAGCAAAGGACCUAAAGUGUAUUUUCUGCAAAUGAAAUCUGAAUUAGAA